AUGUCGCUGGAGCCUCCGAACCAAUCGCUACGGUCGCACAGACAGACGGCCAACCCGCACGUGAUGGCCGCGGCGGUCCAGAAGCAGAAGCCGUACAUACAAGACAGCACACAUCUCCAACUGCCCAAUGUCGGCGAUAAGGACCGAGAAAGGGUUGGAAACAUGGUGAAGCGGCGGUUCAGCGCCCGUAUCCCAGGUCAGGGCGUGCCCUAUGACGCGGCAGCGGCGCCGAGCUUGCCCGUGGGUGCUGGGAGCAUGAUUGACGACGCUGUUGCUGCUGGAGGAGUUCCGGUGACAAAAAGCAAAACGAUGACUUCUCCGGCCAAGGCGGCCCCCGUGGCCUCGGGCGCUUCAGGAAUGCUGCUCAAGGAGGAUCUGGACGCGCACACGUUUGUCACGCAGCAAUUGGCCACCUCCAACGCUGAGGAGGUCGACCGGUUCGUGUCGAAACUCAAGAGUCUCAAAUCGAGGCUCGUGGACGAACAGCGAGAGGCCAUGUACACAAACUACAACUCGUUUCUGACCGUAAACAAAGAGAUUCUGGCGCUCAACUCCGAGGUCAAGUCCUUGGGCCAGGCCGUCAGCAACUUCAACGUUGCGGUGUCCGCCAUGGUGGAGGACGCUCUGGAAUCCACCUCCAGUAAGUCGCAGGAAUCGUCGCAAUCGUCGCUGGCGCUGCCCGACUCGUCGGCCCGAAACAGAAACUCCAUGGUCAUGUUGGAAAACAUGUGGGCCAACGAACUGGCGUCGCUGUUCAAACAUGUAGAGGGAGCCGUCAAGUACUUGCCUGCUAUUCCUGGAAGACACGUGGUGGCCGAGUCGGGCGCAUGGUACCAGCUCAACGCCGCCACCUGGAAACCCCUGCGACCUGUGCACAUGUUUCUGCUGAACGACCAUUUGCUGAUUGCAGCCAAGAACAGAAAAAAGGAUAACAUGCAGAUGCAGCAGACCCAGACUCUUGUGGCGGACCAGUGUUGGCCGCUCAGCGACAUUGAGUUUCUGGAUCUCUCCGUUUCUCGCCGAGGAACCCAUCCCGUGGUCCCCAAUGCAGUUUCUGUCGUCUGCGGAGGAGUCACCUGCGUCUACCAGACGGAAAAGCCCGCCCAGCACGCCAAGGUUGUUUCGGCUUUCAAAAAGGUGGCUGGCGAAGGCAGAAAGAACGACACCAACAAGACCCAGCAGCAAAUUCGGCUCAGAGAAAGUAUGACGUACUAUGCUGCUCGAAACCCGUCUCUUCGGGGUCACAAAGAGCUGUUACAGGGGCUCAGCAACUCCAAGGGCCACUCGAGGUCUUCAUCGGUCGACAUCACCGGCCGAACGAAAAAUCUGCGAGAGAUUGACGACCUGGUCAACGAUCUGGACGUGAAAAUCGCACACAGGCGGUUUGCCGAAGCCACCGACAUCAUUUUGGAAAACAUCAAGGACGACAAGGAGAGCACCGACAUUACACAGCAGGUGCUCGACAUCAAACUGCAUCAGCGUCAGGACGAGUUGGUGGCUCAUCUCAUUGAUGAUGUGGCUACAGACACAUCCAACACUGCCGUCACACACGCUCUGGGUCUGCUGGUGCGUUUAGGACACGGAGACCAGGCCCGGGGAGUCUACCUGGAAACUCGAAGAAACCUCAUUCACAAGCGAACUCGUCAGGUUGAGUUGCUGGGCGACAUUCCUGGAUAUAUUGCUCAGGUGGCAGUCACGUAUUUCCGGUUGAUCCGAUCCACAGCCGAGGUGUUCCGAAAGUGCUACACAGACAACCAUUUGGCGUCCAGUAUUGCCGAGUGGGCCAAGAGCAUGGUGGAGGAAUUUGUGCUGCUGUUUGCUCGACAGCUGUAUGGAGUGAAGCCCGACACUCAAACGUAUCAACAGUGUGUCUCUAUUACUAGACAGCAGGCUGCGCAAUUGAGCGAGGUGGGUUUGAAUCUGGACUACUUGCUGGAUUACGUCUUGAGCCCAGCUCGAGCUAGCAAGGCAUAG